AUCCUGUUCUGUACCCUCAACACCCACAAGAUUGACAUGGAGAAGCUGCUGGGGGGGCAGAUCGGCCUGGAGGAUUUCAUCUUUGCCCACAUUAAAGGGAUCAAAAAGGAGGUGGAAGUGUAUAAAUCUGAAGACGCCCUUGGCCUCACCAUAACCGACAAUGGAGCAGGCUAUGCCUUUAUAAAACGAAUUCGAGAGGGCAGCGUCGCAGACGAGGUGAAGGUGAUCUGCGUGGGCGACCACAUAGAGUGCAUCAACGGACGCAACAUCGUCGGGACGCGGCACUACGAGGUCGCCCGCAUGCUCAAAGACCUUCCCAAAAACACGACCUUCACCAUCAAACUGAUCGAGCCCAUGAAGGCUUUUGAGAUGCUUGAGCCCAGGUCAAAGGGCAGCAAGCCGGGCAACGACAAUAAGAUCGGCACGGGGAGGAGCACGCUGAGACUUCGCUCCAAAGGUCCGGCCACAGUGGAGGACGAGCCGACAGAAUUUGAUGAGAAAGCAAUAAAGAAAGUAGACGACCUCCUGGAGAGCUACAUGGGGAUCAGAGACACUGAGCUUGCUGCUACGAUGGUCGAAGUCGGCCGUGACAAGAAGAACCCCGACGAGUUUGCCAUGGCUCUAGACGAGACCCUCGGAGACUUCGCCUUUCCCGACGAGUUCGUCUUUGACGUGUGGGGCGCCAUCGGAGACGCCAAGCAGGGAAGGAUUUAAGUUUUCUGCUGCAUCCCUCACACACACACACACACACACACACACACACACACACACACACACACUCCUCUCCCAGAAGCCGACUGUACAAACAGGCAGGCUGGCGUGUCAAUAAUGAAAUUGGCGUGUAAAGAUAUCUGGAAUCCAGUUUCUGACACCGGACCUGCCUCUAGUGUGCAGAACGUUGACUACAGAGUCCAGAUGUUGCAGAGGUUUGUCACAGUGGUUAUAAAUUGCACCUUCACAAACUUAAAUCUCCUCUUUCAUACUCUGAAUCUAUUUUUUAGUUGUGUAUGUUUGGAUAUACAGAUGUGCGGCACAUCUUUUUAUAAAUUUUUCUUUUAUGUAUACAUAUAUAUGUGUGAGAAUGUUGCUGAUUUUACAGCAACAUUGUGUAAUUAGAAUGAUGCAGAUUUUUAGCAAUGUUUCUCUCGUCAGGUAAUUUUAUUUUUUUUCUGGUAGAUUACUUGUGAUAAUUUCUCAUCUGUUGUGUUGAAAGCCAAGUUGAUAAGACAUUCCUCAGUAGCUGCGUUUCCAUAACAAACAUGUGCAAAACUUUGUCGAUAUUUCAUGAAAAAUACAAUGUUUACGUUAAAUAAGAAACAAUUAAAAAUAACACAUGAAUGAGUUUUUUGCACCUGAUAACUCAUUAAAAACCAUGCCGCUCCAUCAUCCUCCUACCACUUCCUGUCAUCUUCUUUGUCGCCCCCACCAGUAGUAACAUCCGGUUGUUGAUCACAUGACUCGUGAUGUGGAAAAAGUGUUUCCAAAGCAACAACUAAAUCCUAGCGCAAACAUCAAUGGAAACGCAGCUAGUGUUAGUCUAAAGGGUAUAUUUACAUAUGUUUGUCCUAUUUCUGUAAAUUAUUGUCAAAUGAAAUCGAAGGCAUGGCUACAGCGAAGACCUUUUCAGAGCCGUCUAUAAAUUUCCGUAGUCAGCUGUUUGCAACCAUAAGGGAUCACUGUUGCUGCAUAAAAACAAAUAAAAUGUAACAUAUUUUAAUC